AUGGCGACGACGCGGCGAUCUCUCCUCGUCCUCCUUGUCGUCGCCGUGCUCGCCACCACUGCAGCCGCUGCCGUAGGGGAUGCGCCGUUCGUGGUGGCAUGCAAGAAGGUGGCUCUCUCCCGCCCCGGCCCCGGCGUCAAGCGCCUCGUCAUCACCCUCGGCCUCUACAACCAGGGCGCCGCGACUGCGUAUGAUGUUAGCCUGAAUGAUGGUUCUUGGCCACGGGAAGCAUUUGAGAUUGUCUCUGGAAGCACCUCAAAGAUAGUCGAAAAGCUUGAUCCCGGUGCCACUGCUUCCCACAACUUUGUUCUGGAGACAAAAGUACAGGGCAGGUUUCAGGGUUCUCCUGCGAUUAUUAAGUACCGUGUUCUCACAAACGACGCACUUCAGGAGGCCUAUUCGACGCCCAUCUUCCCACUUGACAUCCUUGCUGAGACACCCCCACAGCGGAAGUUUGAAUCGGCUAAGAGACUUGUUGGAAAAUACGGGUCGCUGGUGUCAGUUGUUUCCUUUGUUGGUAUGUUUGUGUACCUGGUCACCAGCCUUUCAAAAUCGAGUGCUGCAAAAGGAAGCAAGGAAGCGCUGAAUAGAUAUUUGACAGCAAUUGGUUUGCAUCCAAGAAUCUUCACAAAUUUUGAGUUACCUCAAUGCGCUAGUGUGAUGAAGUAG